AAAGUUCCAAACAGAAAAUUUUACAAUACUUUUUGUUUUUUUCUUCAGAUGUCGCCUCAACUUGAUCCGGUAGCUGAGCUUGAAACCUUAAAAACACAAGUUGAUCAUUCAGGAAUGAUUUGAUUUGAUCUUCUUCCUUCAGCUGGUGAAGCUGGCUCACCGAGAAAGGAAAAUGAGCAUCAUGGAGAACAUUCCCACCAUAAGAAAUCGUUGUUCUCCAAAAUGAAGGAUAAGGCUAAGAAACUUCAGCAUAGUCUCAGCGGCAAGAGGAGACAUGAUGAAGAAGGUGGUGAUGCAACCAUGUCCCCGCCAUUUGGCAGAUUAGAAGACCACCAAGUUAGAGAAGCAGGAGGUUAUGCGACACUUUCACCACGUGACAAGUCCAAAGAUCAUAAAGAAAGAGAAGGAGAAGUAGAGGAAGAAGAUCCAGAAUAUCUUGGAGCCCCAAUGUAUGAAUCAAAGAAGGCACCUGAAGAGUUAAAGGAGACUGCGAGGCAGCAUCCCCGGGAAACUCCUGUGAUCACUGAGACGAACGUUUUGUCUGUUCUCCCAUCCAAACACAACGCUGAACAUGAACAUAAAGAUUGUUCUGGUUCCAACACAGAGUCGAUGGCUGAGAAGACAGGGAAGCAGUACACAAACCAGAAAGCUAUUAGUCCAAGCAAGACCGUAACAGAAACCGUAACAGAGACGCUAGCACCUGCUUAUGCUAAAGUCUCUGAGGCUACUCACUCUAUAACUAAGAAGAUCCAAGACAUGGCUUUUCCGGAGUCAACAGAGGCAGAACCAAAGACAAAUGAUGUUUCAGAAAUCAACACUGCAGGAACUAACCAGCCCGCUGGCUUCAACACUAAGGUAUGGGACAAAGGCGUAUCAGUGAAGGAAUACAUAAGCGAAAAGUUUGAGCCUGGGGAAGAUGACAAAGCACUUUCUAGAGUGAUAACUAAAGCUAUCAGUCCUCGCAGAGCUUCCUCUGAGGCUGCUGCAUUUGGUGGAGCCACAAACAUGGUAGCUGCUUCAAAUUCAGCAGACAACAAAGCUCCCCUUUUAACCAACACGAAUGAAAUUGUUGAGGAAGAGAAUCAUGAGAAGAUGCUUCAACCUAACUGAAGAACAAAGAAGGUUUCUUCAAUUUGUGUUAACAUCUACGAAGUCUCUAUGUAAAAAAAAAGAAACUUUCUACUUCAGUCAUCUCUUUUCUCUAUUAGUUAUUGUACCAAAAAUCGGAUUUCUGGU